UCACUACAGGAAAAUGGGUAGGUAGGAAUAGAUUUUUGGGUGAUGAAUGAAUGGUGAUCUUGGAGGUGAGUACAAAGUAAAGUUCAGUCAAAUGGUGGGGAUGUCGAAACAAUUUUGUCAGCAAAUUGAAAGGCGAUGUGAAUAGUUCAAAUUUUCCAAAUACUUAAAUGGGUUCUGAAGUAUUGAGCAAGAACAUUUAUACAAAGCCUCAGUGAGAGGAGGGUGGGUUUGAGCAACUCAAAGUAAAAUAUUGCUUGAAAGAAGCUAGUAAGUAAUUGAUGCAAAAAAUCCAGAGCUUCAGCUUCAAUGGCGUCUCCGGUUGGCUGAAAGAACAUUACUUACAGGCUGCCAUCUGUCGCAGUAGUAUGCUGAUACAUAAUGGCACUCAACAGCUGGUUGUCACUACUAAUGAAACCUGUAUCACAUAGUCAACAGAGCUUAACACGUGUCUGGUCGAACCAACGUGUCAUUAGCCUUCCCUUCCAGCCACGACCGUUUAAAUCCACUCCUCGACCUGCAAUAUUCCCUCCUGCUCAGAUUCUUUCAGGAUCCUUUACUUCAGGAAGAGCAAAUGAGCCAAGAACAGCCACGCCGCGGCCAACAGCCAGAACCUAUCAAGUAUGGCGACGUUUUCAACGUCUCUGGAGACCUUGCCUCCAAGGCCAUACCACCGGUGGACGCUGACAUGAUGCAGACCGCCGAAACCAUGGUGUUCGGUCACACCCAGAAAGGCGGCCCCGCCGCCGCCAUGCAGUCUGCCGCCACCCGGAACGAGCGCUCCGGCCUCGUCGGCCAUGAAGAUGUCAGUGACGCUGCCAGAGACCAAGGAGUUGCCGUCAAAGAAACCGAUGUUCCGGGAAGUCGCAUCAUCACCGAAACAGUUGCCGGACAGAUCGUUGGGCAGUUUGUGGAGCCUACACCCUUUAUUGGAGCAGUCACAGUAAUGCAGAACGCGGUCACCAUAGGACAAACUCUAGAAGCGACCGCUCACACUGCAGGUGACAAACCAGUCGACCAGAGCGAUGCUGCAGCCAUUCAAGCAGCAGAGGUCAGAGCAACAGGAAGCAACGUCGUAAUACCGGGUGGGCUUGCGGCCAGCGCUCAGUCCGCGGCUUCUUUCAACGCUGGGGUUAGCAAGGAUGAAGAUAAGAUUAAACUGAGCGACAUCCUAAUGGAUGCGACGACGAGGCUGCCAGCGGACAAAGUGGUGACGAAGCAGGACGCGGAAGGGGUGAUGUGUGCAGAGCUAAGGAACAAUGCCAGGCUGGCGGCCCACCCUGGUGGGGUGGCGGAGUCCAUGACAGAAGCCGCCAGGCUCAAUGAGACCGUUAAUAAUGCGCCAUAGCGAGCGUGAGAAGAGUGGUGAGGGGUUGUUUCGUUUGUAUAAUACGUUUAAGUUUGUUUGUUUGUGUUUUUAUUUCUUUGCAGUGAUAGACUUCACAAAAAAAGAUGGCAUCAACUCAUUUCAAUAAAGAUCCGAUGUUGCUCAAUAAAUGAACAGAUGAAUAAGACGUAUGGAAUUGGCCAAGAUUCACAUGCAAGCGUAGCGUAGAACAUAACAAUGGACGGUCCAAGUUUCGUCUGAGUGUACUGAAUUUUAUUGAAAAAUAGAAUAAGUGGCGAAGAGGAAAUGGGCUGGCUGGCUGGCUCUGCACCCGUGGAGGGCUGCUGCCAUACGAAAGCUGCAGCAGCUGGCGCAGGCUCAGGUUCAUUCAAAAGAUGAAAGCUACUUCAUUUUUCAAUCACAAUCCAACAGUACGCUCUUUUUCCCUUUAACCCAAUUCAACAUUAAAUUAAGCAUGACUAACCCACAUCAAAUUUAGGGAUCUCCUGUUUCUUGUGUUGUCAUUUCCUUAUUUGAUUAAAUCUGGGCAAGUUUUGGUUGAGUAAAAGCAAUACCAAAUAGAUUCUCUUCCCACUGCGGUCCUUAGGAAACGUCAGUAUCGGUAGCCACAGGCAUCUAAAUUUGGGUCUCAAUGCAUUGUAGGAACCUUUUUGUAUGACACAGUAAUGGUAAAAACACAUGUGGCUUCUCUCAUGUUGAUGA